AUGCGAAGUACUCUUAUCAUUCUAUCAUUGAUCGUUUUCUUUGGUAUUAUCAAUGGAACAAAGAAACGUUCAUUAUCAAUCAUUAAUGCUGAUGUAAACGAAUUAUUUAUAUUAAUUAAAAAACUUUGGUCUGUAAGUUCAGAUGAACUUAAAACAGCAAAUAAACGAAUGUGUCGAAUUAUGAUCGAAUGUUGUUCACCUAAAACUUAUUCAAAAAUUCUUCUAGGUACCGUUUCAGCAGCAAUGAAUACCAGUGAUCCAUUCAUUAAAGCUCGUGACGUAUGUAUUGCUUCGCCUAUUCGUAAUGAUCUAGUUAACACAUGUCCAGCGGCAAUACCAUUAAAUACUUCAUAUUCAUUACCAUCAAAAGCUGCUGCUGAUACGAAUAUUUAUGAAAAAUAUCAAGUUGCUGUAGAAGAAUCAAUAAAACAUAUUGUAGUGUUCAGUGAUUUCAAUACUAAAAUGGCACAUAUGUGUAAUUCAAAAGAAAUUUAUGCAUAUUUAUGUACAUUAAAUUCUAAACUUUCAAAAUCAUGUAUAAAAAAAAUUCUAAAAAAUUCUUAUCAAUCGCAUAGUAAAAGAGCUUAUCAUAUAUAUGUAAAAAAAUUAAAGAGAGUAAUGACUACUAUGUAUGAAAUAAUGAGUGAAUUUUAA